UAGAGGAGCACCUCGCCAGCGCGCACUCACUCCUGGAGCGUUUGGAGAGCUUUGCGUUCAUGGCCUCGCGGCGUCAAUCCUGACGACAGCUCUGCAAGGAUGAAGUUUUGCUGCCUCCUGCUGGUUGCUCUGUGGCUCUGCGUCAUCGACCUGGGCAGCUCCUCCGAGCGCUGUGAUGACUGGGGAGUGGACACCAUGACACACAAGCCGGUUUAUAAUGGGGAACCAGCCAAAAUCAAAUGCCCGCUCUUUGAGGCCUUCGUGAAGUACAACUACAGCACUGCGCACUCAGCCGGCCUGACCCUCAUCUGGUACUGGAUUGGGCGAGGGCAGGACUUGGAGGAACCCAUCAACUUCCGGCUCCCUGACAACCACAUCAGCAAGGAGAAGGAUGCCCUCUGGUUUCGGCCUGCUUUUCUCAACGACACGGGGAACUACACCUGCAUGCUCAGAAACACCACCUAUUGCAGUAAAGUGGCUUUCCCCCUGGAGGUCGUCAACAAGGACCCUGGGUCCUGCGUCAGCCAGGCCAUCAAGCCACAUGAAGUCCUCAUGUACGUGUACUACACCCUCGUGAACCUCACCUGCCCAGAUGUGGAAGGCUUUUAUCCGGCCAGCACCAAGCCCAAAGUCCUGUGGUAUAAGAACUGCACGCCUGUGCACGGUUUUCAUGAACGAGAGCCCAAUGGCAUCAACCUCACCUUCGUUAUUGUCCGUGAUGUCUACGGGGAUGACUACACCUGCGCCGUGAGCUACAGAGAGAAUGGCCGGGAGUUCACUCUCACCCGGACUUUGAGGGUAAAGGUGGUAGGGUCUCCAUACAAUGCCAUGGCUCCAGAGAUAGUCACUCCAAACGAGCGAGUCAUCUACGAAGUCAAAGCAGGAGAACAGCUCUUCCUCCUUUGUGAGGUCCGUUUCUCGUUCCUGAAAGACUCUCCAAAAGAAGUCUGGUGGACGAUUGAUGGAAGAAACACAGAGGACGUCACGGACCCCAAAUUGACCACCUCCUCCACGGAGACCAGCCUAAGUCUUGGAUCUGUGCGCAUUGAGAAGACUCUGACCAUCCCGAAGGUCAAAGAGCCAGACCUGAAGCGCAGCUAUGUCUGCCAUGCCCACAACAACAAUGGGACUGUUGACAGGCAGGCGAUGGUGAAGAUGAAAGCUCUAGUCCCGAGGUACACGGUGGAGCUUGUCUGUGGCUUGGGAGCAACUGUCCUCCUUGUGGUCCUCCUAACCGUCAUCUACCACGUCUACUGGCUUGAGUUGGUCCUCUUCUACCGAGCUCAUUUUGGGACGGACGAAACCAUCCUCGACGGGAAGGAGUAUGACAUUUAUGUGUCCUACGCAAGGAAUGCUGAGGAAGAAGAGUUUGUGCUGUUGACGUUGCGGGGGGUUCUGGAGAACGAGUUUGGCUACAAGCUGUGCAUUUUUGACAGGGACAGCCUCCCCGGGGGAAUUGUCACGGAUGAGACGCUGAGCUUCAUCCAGAGAAGCCGCCGGCUCUUGGUUGUGCUGAGCCCGAACUAUGUCCUUCAGGGCACUCAGGCUCUGCUGGAGCUUAAGGCUGGCCUGGAGAACAUGGCUUCCAGGGGCACCAUCAAGGUGAUCCUUGUCCAGUACAAAGCCAUCAAGAAGAGCAAGGUCAAAGAACUCCAGCGGGCCAAGGCCGCCCUCACCGUCAUUAAGUGGAAGGGCGAGAAGUCGACUUACCCUAAGGGAAGGUUCUGGAAGCAGCUGCUGGUGGAGUUGCCCGUGAAGAACAGACCCAAGGGCUCUGUGGAUGAAUAUCAUGUCUCCUCACCUUCUCUGAGAACUAUCUGAGAAAGGAGGAGCCUUGGAUGAUGGGGCUGGGCUGGGCUGGGCUAGGGAGAGAAAAGGCUGGGAUGGAGCACUCCAACUUGACCGUUGGGAGAGGCAGCUGCGUCCCUUCUCUAGAGCGGAGUAGAGCUUGCCUGGCCUUGUUUCUCGGGUGCAGGGUGUGUAUUUCCCUGGGCGGGGGGGGGGGGGGGCUCCCUCAUGGGUAACCCACCCACAAAGCUAACAUGUCAUCCUCUCAUUGAGGAGCGGCUGACUGUCCAGGAAGGAGGGAGCUACUGGGAGGCAUGAGGUCUCCCCCCACUCUGGGAUUUUUUUAACCCUCUUGGGAUAGGUUAAGGCCUCCUUUGAACGCAAAACACAGACCUGGGAGCCCGUCUGUCUACGCCUAAGCUCAAGCGGCACAGUAGGGGCUAUUUGUACUCCCUGUAAUCCCAAAAUGAAAGCAGGCAAUUUGUUCUGAUGGUGGUCAGAACAAUGAGGGGACAUCCGGGUUGUGAACAACGUUCAAAGAAUGGAAUAUCCGAGCAGCACUUAAGCGUCCAGAACAUUGGAAAAUGGUAGUCAUAAGCUGAAGCAAAUGCAUACUGUGUAUCACAAGCCAAUUUAGAGCACUCAGGGCAAAGAAAAAAGCAGGACUUUAUUUUUAUUUGGUCUUUUUCAUGCAUUCUCCAAAGGGGUCAGUUAUUUCGGGUCCAUUUCUGAAUCGAGCGUAGGGGCAUCCACCCAUUACUAAAGCUCUAGAAUUCCACUGCCGGCAUUUUGCUCUGCCCUGUCCUCGGCCAUCAGUCCAGCUCUUGCUACUGUUCGUCAUUCCCCGGGGGGUGGGGUGGGGUGGGGUGUCGCCCCAGAGGGCCCUGCCAUUUCGUCUGCACCCAGCCUUUACUCAGAGAUUGGUAAAGCAGCAGUUUCUGCAGCCGAAACUCUCCCCACGGCCUGAGUUCGAUCCCAGCGGAAGCUGGUUUCAGGCAGUCGGCUCGGGUUGACUCAGCCUUCCAUCCUCCCGAGGUCGGUAAAAUGAGUACCUAGUUAGCUGGGGGAAAGGUAAUAAUGGCCGGGGAAGGCAACGGCGAACCACCCCGCUAUAAGGCCUUCCAAGAAAACGUCAGCGAAAGCAGGCGUCCCUCUAGGAGUCAGCAAUGACUCAAGUGCUUUGCACUAGAGGUUCCUUUCCUUUCCUUUCCUAUACUCAGGGACUGCUCUUGGCAAGGACUGGUAGUUAACCACUACAAAGCGACAACGCUGAGGUGCAAGCUAAGUUAUUGUUUGCUCAUCAGAUUUAGGACAGCUGGAAAGACCUUUCUUUCUUUUUAAAGCAAGAGCUUUAGGUGAGCCAAUCCCUCUGCAGUAACACCCAUUAACUAUGAUGCACAUGCAUUCGGAUCUUGGGUGGUGCACAAGUGCGAGAAGACAAAGGCCACCCUCCAAAGGCCACCGUUCCGUUCCCUUGCACAAGAACAGCCUCCUAAGUGGUGGGUUGCUCCUGCAUUGUAUCCCAGUCCUGCAGCCGUGUUACGUGGAAGCCCCAUCUGUGCAAGGCUCCCUCUGGCAGAGGCUUCCCUCGCCCCUCCAGAUGCCAGGGCUGGGGCUCGUGGGCUCAGCCCCACUCACCCGUUGAUGGGGCAUGACAGGGCAACGUCGCCGAAGGCGGCUGAUGUGGAACUUGGGGCUGGCCAUUGCCUCAAGGCCGCUGAUUCAUCUUCUUCCCCUUCGUUUCGUUAACGUGGAACCAGUUC